UGAUACAGCUUUAUCUGAGAAGUUACAUAAUCAUCCUAGUGUGGAAAUGCCAUAAAGGAAUUUCUGGCUUGAAUAAAAGAGGUCACACAUUUAUUUCUGCAAGCCUUCAGACCUUCCAUUCUCUUUCUGCCCUAGAGAGCAGAAUGAAUCCUUCCCCCGAUUUUGUUGGAAUUCUCUGAAAGAAAUCCUGCCGAGUCUCCCACUCUGGAAUACCACCCCCAGCACCCAACCUUCCCUCGACCUCGCCUCCCAUCGCCCCUCCAGCGCCCAGGACGUGGCAGGAGGAGGAAGGAGGCUGGAGGGAAGGGCGCGGGUGGCACGAGCACCUGUCACCUGACCGGCUCGGGCCCUCACUUCUCCAGCCCCGGCCCUGCCCACCCUCUGGCCGGUGAGCGCCGACAGGGCCCCCGCCCUCCCGCACCGGGACAGGCCCGUCCCUCCCUCCCCGGCCUCCGCCACCGUCCAAUGGCCGAGGGGUAGGGCCCGCUGAGCAAGCCGCGGCAGCCCCGCCGGGUCCCCGCCCUGUUCCCGGUUCCCGAGCCGGGCCCCGGAGGCCUUUAAAUGCUGCCCAGGGCCGAUGCGGCACGGCCCUCGCCACCUUUCUUGGUCGGGCAGCGGCAGCGGCAGCAAGCAGCAGCGUUGGUCCGGGUCCGGGGCCGUUCCGGGCCGAAGCAAGCACCUUCGCCCUCCCGACCGGCGCUGCCUCCCUCCCCUCCCCUCCCCUCCUCUCCCCUCCUCCCAGGCUGUGCCUGCCAGGUCGGCGCCGGGCCCCGGGCGUGCGCGCGCGCGCCCCCUCGUGUGUGCGCGCGCCCGCGCCAGCUCGGACCCGCGCCCCCGCCCCCGCCCCGCGCAGGACAGCCCCGGGAUCCCCGCCCGCGCGCUGCGUCCCACGUACCCCGCCGCGCCGGGCAAGAAGAUGGCGGGAUCGGUGGCCGACAGCGAUGCCGUGGUGAAACUAGAUGAUGGCCAUUUAAACAACUCUUUGAGCUCUCCGGUUCAAGCGGACGUGUACUUCCCACGACUGAUAGUUCCAUUUUGUGGGCACAUUAAAGGUGGCAUGAGACCAGGCAAGAAGGUGUUAGUGAUGGGCAUCGUAGACCUCAACCCAGAGAGCUUUGCAAUCAGCUUGACCUGUGGGGACUCGGAAGACCCUCCUGCCGAUGUGGCAAUCGAACUCAAAGCUGUGUUCACAGAUCGGCAGCUACUCAGAAAUUCUUGUAUAUCUGGGGAGAGGGGUGAAGAACAGUCAGCAAUCCCUUACUUUCCAUUCAUUCCAGACCAGCCAUUCAGGGUGGAAAUUCUUUGUGAGCACCCACGUUUCCGAGUGUUUGUGGAUGGACACCAACUUUUUGAUUUUUACCAUCGCAUUCAAACGUUAUCUGCAAUUGACACCAUAAAGAUAAACGGAGACCUCCAGAUCACCAAGCUUGGCUGAUUUAAACCACCUCUAUUUCAAAUAGGAUCACGUGCCACAACUAUCUGACUGUUGGUCUGGAAGAAGUGUCCUAGCAAGAUCUGGAGACUUAAAAAGAAAACAAAAAACAAAUGGCAAGUUUCACUGUCUCUUCUUUUGUGCAGUUUAAACCCAAAUGACAAUUUCAACCGUGGUUUGCCCUUAAGAAGAAAGCUGUUGGGACAAAGACACCAAGCCAUUAUACCCAGAAUAAAAUAAUACAUUUAUGCUGGAUUUUAUUCAGACCAAACUAAAAUGGAUUUGUGAUGAUUUGUGAUUUGGUAGCAAAUUAUUCAUCUUUUCAAAGCAAGGCAAUGCUUAGAAACAGAAGUGCUAAAGACACUUAAAAAGCCAACAACAACGGUACAGUGAAAUCAAUGCAUUUCUGCACUAAAGUGGAAUUGUGUAGCACAACCAAUAUCUUAGUCAGGGUAUUUACAUAGAAUGUAGGUUGUUCAAAGUUUGACUUUUUUGUGUGUUUUUUGUUUUUGUUUUUGUUUUGCACAGCAUAAUGUUAAUUCAGAUUGUUGAAGCUUUCUUGUAGUUAUUUAUUUAUACUCAAUGUAUGUAUUAGAGAAUGAACAAUGUCUCAAGAACAGCAAGUUAUAAACUUUUGAAUGUAUAAAUAUCUUAGGUCCAAGGGGAGAAAAUUACAUAUUACAAUUAUGAAACAGGUGAAUUUCUGCUCUAAAGAAUUGAGAUUCUCCAUACCCCUAAACUUAGGAUCUCUUGAUAUAAAUUGCUGUAAGUGCUUUUGGGAAACCUUUGCAAAACCAUUUUGAUAAAACUGCUUUUCAAGUUAUUGUUGGUUAUGUAAAAUUCUAUUUACAUUGCUUUUUCUCCUUACUGGGAAUUAGCACAGUAUUGGCUUCCUUAAGACUAAUUAUUUCUCUCUUGAUUUAUAUAAUAGCUCAUUAAGUUGUUAUUAAAUUAAUCAAAAACACAAAGAGGUGAUUGCUUAGACAAUUUUUAAAGUGACUAUAGUAUAAACUUUUAAAAGAGUAAUAUGAAAAUGACUGUGGAAUGCAGUGUAAAGCAGAAGCAAAUGGCCCUGAAUAACUUACUUGGAAGUAAUUUAUAUCAACUUAAGCUGUUAGCUCAUUGUAUAACUUUUCUUAUGUGACCCUCACCAAUAUCCCUAAGUAAUGCCUUUGGAAGCUUCAGAGUAGAAGAUGCUUCCUACUGUGUUGGCUCUGAGGAGAUAGUAGGAUUAGAUAGGAUCCAGAUUAGGAAAUGAUCCAGUUAGUUUAUCUGAAAGGUUAACUCCCAGGACUCUAGGUCUUUGAAUCCAGCCAGUAGAGUGAAUGCUUCCAAUUAAGCUGUAGGCGUUUCCCUGCACUUACGGAACUGAUCAAACAGGGUGACUCCAACAGGAGGUUGCAGUACUGUAAACGUCACCCCAAGGGAAGGGAUGCUUAAAGUCCUGGGUUCUGGACUUUAAAAGCUACAUUGGCCCUGGAGGGAGGGACCCUUGGCAUUGCUUUGAUCAGGUAGUGAGGGAAGACAGGGUUCUGGGGUGGGGGUGUAUUUAUAUAUAAUUUAGGUUUUGUUUGUACAGCAUAUUGUGUCUUGUAAUGACACAUCCUUGUCCUGCUUUGCUUUUUUGAGUUUUUUUUUUUUUUUUUACACAACAUGCAGAGGCACUGAAGUGACCAUGUCAUUUUCAAGUGUCGAGAAUGUAGACAGUGUUUCAGUACCAAAGUCUAAAAUAAACUAAAAUUAUGAAUUUUUUAUAGGUGAUACAUUUGGAUUCUUCUCAACUUUGAAACUGUUUAGCACAGUUCCAUUGUAUUGUAUAAGAAGAUACUGUAUCCAACAAGACUGGCUGUACAUUGAAAAGCUUUAUGUACCAGCCAACUUAUUUAACCAUAUUCAGCCUGUUCCGUGGGGGCUGUUCUGUGGUUCCAGGUAUUUUCAAGCCUGUGAUUAACUUCUCAUGGCUUGUCACUUAAAAGUCCCUUAAUUUUGAGAAGUGUUUGUAGAGAGACUUAAAGGGCACCUUAAAAUACAUUUGUGGAGUUUUGAUUCAACUUAUGGUGGAAGAGCCCCAUAGGAAGACUCUCUUGAGUGGCCAACCAUUCCCACCCACUGCAUAAUUCAGCAGAAACCAGAGGAGCAGGGCGUGUAGCUGAUUGGAAUUGACACGCUUAUUCUGUCUACCUAUCAGCUAACUCAUUAGCAGCCAAGCCCUUAGGCAGCUUAGUGUGAAAAUACAAUGUUAACUGUUUCUCUGUGAGGUUAGUGGGAACCUCUUGGAUAAGCCUAUUGGGAUUAAUCUAAAUGAUGUGAUGAUUUGAUUCAGUUAUAGCCCAAAUUAGUAAGGGGCUUUAGCUGUAAACUGGAAACAAUAUUCCCACCCUCUCCUGGGCCUGUGAGGUCUAAGAUGAGAAUUUCAGGAUGGAAAGUGCAAUUUAAAGUUUCCACAGGAAAGUAUUUGGGUAUGUAAGGUGUUAUUUCUGACCAGAACCCUAGUUCUGCAAUAACCAAAACCAAGGAGUAUAAAUAACAGUCAGGCUCUGGGGGAAUAGAAAGCAGGCUUCAGACAAUCUGUCCAUUUCUACAGUAAAAUUGGAGUGAGUGUGUAUAUCUACUUAAAACUUAAUAGAAGUGACUUCUACUUUUUGGGCUAUUCCAGAAGUGUUUUAAAAUUAUUAUUUAAAAUUUUGAAGCCCCAUUUCAAAUCUUGCCGACCUUAGUUCAAAGCCCCCUGAGAGAUCACUUUUAGAAUUGAGGAUUUUUUAAAAUGGCAAGUCAUUUCAUUUGUGUUAAAAAGAAAAUACCCAAAAGGAAGGAGGGAGCCCUGUUUGCCUUGAGAUAAACAGCCUUGGCAUUUUCUGGCAUUAAUGUAGAAAUAAUGUUCCUAUGAUGACGUAUUUUCAAAGAAACACUUUCUUAUUUACUGCGUGGUGUAAAAUGUUGCUAAAUGUGUUGUUACAUUAUGUCACUGCUGAAAGUUAUUUGCACUAUAAUAAAAGAAUUUUCUACAAAA